CCUUAGUCUGCAUUCAUCUGCAUUAUAGCCACACAACUGGACACCUAGUAUCCCCUUAUGUCCAAUUCCAAUCAAAUGGGAGAAUGAACAAAGCUAACUUACUUAGAUGGUGUUUCCUGGAGCCGAGAAAUAGCUGGUCCAUGCCUCAUGAGGCAGCAUGCAGCCUUUGGCUUCUUCCCCCAAACAAACUAACAGAGGGGCAUACAAUACCGGUAAUUCACAAUAGCAGAAUACAGUAGGAUCCGGGAUGGUAGAAUCCGGGAUGGGAGUGGGAGUGGAGUAUUAGAAAAUAGAUCCACGUACUGAGAAAUCUAAAUUACGUCAGGAAAGGAGAACUUAAGGGAUGAUGCCUCCAGGCAGCCUGCCUAGGCUCAGGGGCCCGGUUAUGAAGGCAUUCACAAAGAGGAUGGUGUGUGGCUGGCUUAAAGGGCAAGCUUAGGCUAAAAUACUUAGAAUUGUUUCAGGCAGUUUUGUACUAAGAGCUACCUCAUCCAUCCUGACAUUUUGGGAAAUACAGACGAGAUACAGCAGGGCUCUUAGCCGGAAAAAUAGUAAGAUGUAAAGCCAAGUAAACUGAAGCUUAAAAGGUUCCACAAAUACACACAGAAGAACCUUGACAGCUAAGCUACUUGAGGGGAAGCUUUGCGAAACAACUCAAGGUAAAAACAGCCAGCUGGGAGGCCAAGGCAGUCCAGUCGCCUGGUGGAGGGUAGCAGGAUUUGAAGGUGGUCCAGCCUGGCCUGCAAAACUCACAGGAAAGGGGGCAUUACCCAUGGCUUCACCUUCCCCCUCUGCACACAGAACUGUCACCCUUCGCUCUCUAGACAACAGGCUGCUUCCUACUAAGUCAAACAGAAUACUCCUAUUGAUACACUAGAAAAUGAAAACGUACAAUUUAUAAUUAGGGUCUCUCCCAGUGAGCGGAGACUGCAGGCCUAGACAGGUGGUCUGGCCAUCCACCCUCCAAUGAAAGUGCCUUGGGAAGAGCCAAGAGAGCUCUCUGCUAAGCACCACUGUCAGCUAAAAGGGAAAGAAAUCCCUUUUAAGGAAGCUAUUUAACUUCAAUAGCCUGCUUUUCUGCCAGGAUUUUCAAUUCCUCUGAACAUAAGCCGAACCACAGACUGCUACACGUAUGUCUGGAUCUUGGCUUCCCCACCCCCCCCCCCCCCGCCCCAUUCUCAGAGCUUCAGCACCAGUUGUUAGCCAAAAAUAAACACCAUUCCUCAACCAUAUAUGUCCACCAGCCCAGAGCGGGGGAGGAGGAGCAGGAGGUAGGGCAGGUCCCCGGGCUCUGGCCACACAUUGUGGCUGCUGCACGCCAUGCAUCUCACCCAGCUCAACCGGGAGUGCCUGCUGCACCUCUUCUCCUUCCUGGACAAGGACAGCAGGAAGAACCUUGCCAGGACCUGCCCCCAGCUCCAGGACGUGUUUGAGGACCCCACACUCUGGCCCCUGCUGCACUUUCACUCCCUCGUGGAACUCAAGAAGGACAACUUCCUGCUGAGCCCAGCCCUCAGGAGCCUCUCCAUCUGCUGGUACUCUAGUCGCGUGCAGGUGUGCAGUAUUGAGGACUGGCUCAAGAGCGCCUUCCAGAGGACCAUCUGCAGCCGGCAUGAGAGUCUGGUCAAUGAUUUCCUCUUCCAGGUGUGCGACAGGUGCCCCAACCUCGAGUCCGUCACGCUUUCAGGAUGCGGCCAUGUCACCGACGACUGCCUCGUGCGCCUACUGCGCUGCUGCCAGCACUUGCGUGCGCUGCGCCUGGAGAACUGCGCGCGCGUCACCAACCGCACGCUUGCUGCUGUGGCGACGCACGGGCGCGCGCUGCAGACCCUGCACGUGGACUUUUGCCGCAACGUGAGCGCGGCCGGCCUGCGCCGCCUGAGCGCCGCGUGCCCGCGCCUGGCGCUGCGAGCCGAGCACAGCGCGACGAUGAUCCCCGACCAGCUCCCCAGGGCGCCCGGCACUGCCCUUCGUAAGCUACUGCCGCGCUAGGCAGACGGCGCCGAGGCACGACACGCGGCCAAGGGCCGCCGAGCGGAAGGAGCAACCUGGUUUCCAACCACAGCCCCUCCACCUCCCAGAGCGUUGUCACACCUCUGAAGCUCAGUUUCCCUGUCUGCAAAAUUGGGACACUAAUGCCUACCUCACAUUAAUGACGGUUUUACGCACAGGAGUGCAAGAUUAACCGGACGCUGGGAAAACACUCGGAUAGUUCUCACUAAACACCAGCACAUUUCCCGACGCCCUUCUGCCCCAGGUCUUCAACCACACACUGCCUGCAGCAGCGGGACAGGCCUGCACCACGCAUGGACUACAAUCCCCGGCGGGGGCCGAAAUACCCGCACGGGGAGGCGUGGCCACCGGGAGCUCUCCGGCAUCGCGCAAGCGCCCUGGGAACGGGGGUGGGGCGACCUCCGCAGCCGGCCUCUCGUCCGGCACUACGUCUGCGGCUCCGGCUUCCCAGGAGCGUGGGCUCCGUGCAGCGUGAGCGGGCGGGAGAAGCGGGGGACCCGGGACUCACAGCCGGAGAGAGCCACCGAACCCGCCACCGCGGCCCUGUCGCCCGCACCUUUGCUCGGUGGCCGGGCGAGCCCGCUUGCCUUCCCCCAGCAGAGACCGCACACAGAAUUCUAGAAAAUGCGCUGGUAGAUGUGAUUCUUUCAUAAAUAGCAUAUCCUUAUUUUCUAUGGUUAUCUUAUCACAAAGGCAGAAGAAAUCGUUUGAAAAACCCUAAGUAAAGAUUUGAAAACAAGA